AUGCCUCGGCACCUCGUCAUCCGCAUGGAGCAGGCGAUGACGGCGGCCAAAUUCGUGCUGAAGGAGGCGGCGAAGGCGGAGCUGGAACGUACACGGGCGAGCGUCAUUUCCUACUUGAGAAACUUCCAGGAGUGGGCGAGCGUCGCCCCCGUGGAAGAUUUCGAGCUACGCAGCGCGAAGACUUGGGCAACCGCGGCGGCGCAUUCGCUUUCCAACAUGCCAUGGCGUUUCGUGAAUGCAACGAAAGGACCUGGCGCCCUGAAGGCGUGCGCCGAGUUCUUUCAGCAGGACCGCCCUGUCACGGAGCACACCAGAUUAUGCUUUGACAAUGCGUGCGCGAAAAUAUCCUCUGCCACGGGGGGCGCGCACCGUGGUGGGAGCAUCGAGUGCAUCCAGAAAGAAGCGAAGAACGACUGCUACAUCCACAUGGAAUGCCCCCUGUAUAACCACCUGACCUACGAGCCGCCCGAGGCCGACCGAAAGAACUGUUCGAUGGCGCUAAUGGCUGCGUUUGCGGGAAAUCCCGAAGGCCGUCGCAUGGUGCGCGCGAACGACAUCCUCGGCCUCCUGGGGCGGCAGGCGUCCACGACGACCGCGGCGCGUAGAGAUUUACUGAAGAACACGUUCUCGGGCGGAGAGUUCCCCGUGAGGCCGAACUACGGCAAGGUGACUCUAAUGGCCAACUUGCGGAACACCGCCUUCAACUGGGAGUGCAACAGUGCCCCGCACGUGAAGGUCCCCGACGCGCUCAAGCUCGAUUCCAUGACCAGGCGGACGGGGAUUGUGGACUACUUCUCCGCCUUCGAAGCAGACCCCGCGAAGGUGAACGUGCAGGAGAAGCGCUUUCAGGACGACCCCACGGUGUUCGGUUUGUUCACAUCUCCCUUGGGGAAGUACAUGUACCUGCGCGACGAGCUGUUCCCUUUCCUGCAUAAAUACGGGAUCGACAAGGUGCUGGGCUACCUUUCGCAGCCGUCAGAGAACCAGCUGAAGAGAGUGAAGUGCUUUGUUGCCGAUAUGGUCGGUGCGACGGCUCCGUGGGAGGACCCAGAAGCCGCCUUUUCGAACUCGAGCUCGACGCUGUUGCUCCAGCGCCUCUCAUUGGACCCGCAGCGGUUCGACGCUAUCGCGGCGUCACAUGGCAGGCCCCGGUAUUCUGAAUACCCCGUUGUAUUCGACUUGAUGCACUCGUUGCAAUAUGCGAAGGCAUGCGAGCCCAACUUCGCAGAGUUGACCGUGCAGUCGAACAACAAGCUGAUGUACCCCGUGGUUCCCACGCAGAUGAGCGAUGACGUCGUCAAGGGCACGUGCGACGAAGUCGUUCGCGAUCCGAUGGCGCUCCAGAACUACAUGGGUAACCUCGGAAACACCCAUCACGAGAAGGAGGAGAAAGCGACGCCGAGGAAGUAUUUGUCGUACCUGCGGACCCACGGCAGGGGGCUAUCCAACAUGGCGCGUGCCGUGGCUGGCGGCAACCAGACAUUCGACGUCGACUUCGCGAGCUCCUUCUCGUCCGUCAUCAAGGAGAUCGCCGACGCGGGCGAGGUGUCCACGCCCGAGCAGAUCGCGAAGAUUGCAACCGACCCCGACGGGCACAAGGACUUCCUGGCCGACUACUACAGCAUGGACGGGAAAGAAGUGAACCAGACGAUCUACAAGACUGUGUUCGGCGCCAAGCCGCGGGACGGCAACCCCCUCCUCUGGGCUGUUGCAGCGGAGUCGCACCAGCUCUCGGCCGAGCUCAUCGAUCUCCCCAGGUACUCUCACUUUGCCAGCAUGCACAACAACCGCCCGAACCCAGCGGCGCCUCGCCUGGCGGCAGUGUGCUUCGCAGAGGAGAACGAAUACUUGCAGCGCCUGGUUGAGACCUUUCAGUCGCACUUGCAGUCGUACAACGUACCGGUGCUAAUGUUCGACGGCGCGGUGGCCGACCUGAUCGGUGACUCCGCGGAGCAGCUGAAGCAGGCCCUGGGCACUUUCAACGCGUCGUCGCCUGUGAUGGCACGAGUGAAGCAGUGGCCCGCGUAG